AUGUACCUAGCCGAAGCCAAGUUGGCGCGCCUGGUGGCCCAGCGAUCCUGGGCCAACCGCACUGCCUCGCCCCAUAGCCGCCUCCUCCCGCCCCCCAAGUCCCUCCCAGACUUCAACCUCCCUCGCUCCUCAAUCCCCUCGACUUCGCCCACUCUCAACACAGGCCGCCUUUCUUUUGUUCUCGAGCUCGAAAUAGACAUUUGUGCCCGAGGCACUUCUUCGAUCGACUUAAAACAUCCUGCUAUGAGCGAACAAAAGUCUCCAUCCGUCGGAAGUGCGCAAGCAUCCUCGUCACUACAUAGUGGGCGUGGGCGCUUAGAGGCACGCAGCUCUGUCGACGCAAGCUCAGCUCGUCGUAUCCGCAAUGUGCUAGGCAACCAGGAUUCAACGAGGACAGCCCGCUUCGACACAGACUCUAUCGAUAGUGCUUUAGCAAGGGAGAUGCAUCGCCCACACCGUGAAAGCACCCCGGGUGCCAGCCCACGACGAAAGCGCCAAAGGAUCAACGGAGACAGAUUUAUCCCAAGCCGAUCCGGACAGGACUUGCAAGCCAGCUUCAGCUUACUUCACGAAGACGGCUCACCGGCAACGUUGUCAAAGCAAAAGAAGCGCACACCACAUGGCGAGUUGCAUUUCCAGAAAAUAUCAAACGAGGCUAACAGUGUUGCAGCGGAGGAAGCUAAUCGUACAUUCUCAUCACUGCUACGAGCAGAGAUGUUUGAAAGCUCAGUGCCACAGGCACCGUCGUCCCUUUCACCGGACAACUCCCUCCCCAACACCUCAAGAAGAAAUCCUGCGGAUGGUACACGGUCUCACACGCCUCCAAACAAUAAUUCCGCUACUUCUCUUCCAUCAUCACUCACUCCAUCGACUCCGCACAAAAACCUCUUUUCAUACAUGUCUCCUAGACAUCAUCACAUCGCAGGUCAUCCUACCCCCACCAAAACGCCACAGAGCCGUCAUGGUGUGAAUCUCGAUACUCGAGCAGAGAUCUAUAGCCUAUCACCGGUGCGAUUCGGCAGCCAACAAAUGUUGCUCAGCCCUCGACGGCAACCACGCUCGGUCAACAAAGUCCCUUACAAGGUUCUAGAUGCACCGGAGCUGGCUGAUGACUUCUACCUCAAUUUGGUAGACUGGGGUAGCGCAAAUGUACUUGGUGUCGGCUUGGGAUCCAGUGUGUAUAUGUGGAAUGCGCAGACUAGCAAGGUGAACAAGCUUUGCACGCUGGAAGAUGACACUGUCACGAGUGUAUCGUGGAUACAAAAGGGAACUCAUAUUGCAAUCGGUACUGGCAAAGGCCUCGUGCAGAUCUGGGAUGCUGAAAAGGCCAGACGAUUAAGAACUAUGACGGGUCACACGGCUCGGGUAGGAUCUUUGGCGUGGAACUCGCACAUUCUGACUUCUGGCUCCCGUGAUAGGCUCAUCUAUCACAGAGAUGUCCGGGCACCUGACCAAUGGCUGCGGAAACUUGUUGGUCACAAGCAGGAGGUUUGCGGUCUGAAGUGGAACUGCGAGGAUGGACAACUUGCCAGCGGUGGCAAUGACAAUAAGUUGAUGGUGUGGGAUAAGCUGUCAGAAACGCCACUUUGGAAGUUUUCGGACCAUACAGCUGCUGUGAAAGCAAUAGCGUGGUCACCACACCAACGUGGAUUGCUCGCAUCUGGAGGCGGUACAGCGGAUCGACGCAUCAUCUUUCACGACACAACCAAAGGCUCCGUCAUCAAUGAGAUCGAUACUGGAAGCCAAGUUUGUAACCUCGCAUGGUCGAAAAAUUCCAAUGAAAUUGUUUCGACACACGGUUACAGUCAGAACCAGAUUGUUGUUUGGAAGUAUCCUUCGAUGCAGCAAGUCGCAAGUCUAACUGGCCACACAUACCGCGUUCUGUACCUUGCCAUGAGCCCCGAUGGGCGAGUCGUGGUAACUGGAGCAGGUGACGAAACACUCCGAUUCUGGUCUGUUUUCAACCGAAGACCAGGCAGUAAAGAAGACGGAGAAGCCGGCGGUGGUAAACUGGCAGACUGGGGCAUCAUACGAUAG